CUAAAACCCUAGCGCUCCAAAUGGCGUUCUACAAUUAAACCCUGAAAAUCUACCAAAGCUUCACCAGAAGUUCUCUUUCACAGAAGUUCUCCUUGUUAAGCUCUGUGAUCCUCCCAGCAGCAGCGGCGGCGGCGAAGUAGAAGAACAACAAUGAGACCCCCGAGAGGCGGUGGCGGGUUUAGAGGAGGACGAGACGGCGGUCGCGGAGGUGCCGGACGAGGUUUCCGUGGCGGGCGUGGCGGCGGCGGACGGUUUGGUGGUGGUGGUUUUCGGGAUGAAGGACCUCCUUCUGAAGUUGUAGAGAUUUCGACGUUUCUUCAUGCCUGUGAGGGUGAUGCUGUUACAAAGCUCAGCAAUGAGAAAAUUCCUUACUUCAACGCCCCAAUCUUUCUGCAGAACAAGACCCAGAUAGGCAAAGUGGACGAGAUCUUCGGCCCCAUAAAUGAAUCUUUUUUCUCUAUCAAAAUGAUGGAAGGCAUUGUGGCAAGUUCCUAUGCUCCUGGAGACAAAUUCUUCAUUGACCCCAAUAAGCUUUUGCCUCUUGCAAGAUUCCUGCCACAGCCAAAGUAUGUUUCUUGCUUUACCAUGGGACAAGCAACUGCUACAAGAGGAGGCCGUGGAGGAGGCAGGGGAGGAGGUUUUAGAGGUGGUGGCCGUGGAGGAGGCUUUAGAGGAAGGGGUGCUCCAAGAGGUGGAGGAGGCUUUAGAGGCAGGGGUCCUCCAAGAGGUGGUUUUAGGGGUAGAGGAAGAUCAUAGGUCAAAAAGUUUAUGUAUUGUCAUUGAUGAUACUAAGUGUACUCUUGUGGUCUACUGAUGGCCAUCGAUACCCUGAACUCUGUUUAUGAUGUCCAACUAUUGAGCAUCAAUGGAAGCUUUCUGUUUAGCCCUGUUUGGUUAUUGAAUUUCCUGUUGAAAUCUUCCGUGGAUAUGAAUGAAGCUGCUCCAUAGCUAGCUUUUAAGAUUAACCUG